AUGGCGCCGUUCCAAUCCCGGUCACACGUCCCUUUUACGUCUUCCUUCACCGCCAUCGGCCGGCCCCUCCCGCCCAGUUGCCAGUCAUCCCCGGUCGCCCCGGCCGCGUUCUGCCACUUGCUCUUUUUUGGAAGUUUCCUGGCACACUGCCUUGUUGGCCCUGCCGGCACUGGCUCUGGCUCUGGCUCUGGCACUGGCUCUGGCACUAUUAGCACUGCGUGCCCAGCGCUCAGCACCGUUGCCGAGGACCCGCAACGACGCAACACGUUCCAGCUCCAGGCCAGUCCCGCGAGCGCCUCUGAAUUCCGGGGGGCCAAACCUCCCCGCUCUCCCGCGCGCGGGUUUAUCAGCUUGCAACGCCAGCCUGACCCCGGCUUGAUGCGGCGACGUUCGCGUCCUAUCUGCGCGCACAGACACGCACGCACAUGCCCAUCUGCCACGCCAUAA